AUGGCCUCGAAGCUGCCUCCAGAAAUUCUUUUGAUGAUUACAUCGCUUGCAGACACAGCGACUCUGAGAUCACUGAGACUGACCAGUCGCGCUAUAUGUGCUUCCGCAACUCAAUUGCUAUUUCGGACAAUUACCCUGUUUGAUAGGGAUGGCAGCUGCAAUGCCGUCGAAUCAAUCAUGAGACACCCGUCUUUGAGAGGACUAGUGCGCAAAAUUUAUCUUCAAACCGUCGAGAAGGAUUAUGACCUCGACAGGGGAAUGCCAGACGAAAUCCCCGAUCCGCCUGAAAAAUGGCGCAAGCUGUUAGCCAUGUUGCCCACGCUUCCAAAUUUAGAAUCUAUCGCUCUUCGCUUCGAUAAAAACUGUUGUGAGGACAGCAGCUUGUUCGGAGAUGCUGUUCAGACCGAGGAAUAUAGAAAAAUGGUCAUGAAAUGGCUCCUCUCAGAGGUGGUAGCUCUACCACGGCCCUUGAAGGAACUAGCUAUUCAAAACAACCAGAAUACGACUGAGCUGGGCGUAUAUGGGGACGAAGUUCUGGGUGGGCUGAUAUCUUUGAGACUUAAUACAGUAUACGAAGCCGAUGCAGCAGCUCCAGAAGACGAAGUUGAGAAGCCGGAGUUUCAUGAUUAUUUCAAUCGUCUACUAUCAACUGUCUGGCUCAAGCCUGCUAUGUCGUCGCUUCAGAAUCUCACACUUUACUCCGACAUGUACUGGGGAUUCUAUCCCAGGCCGCCACUGAAGGGAAUUCACUUCCCCAACCUGCAGUCUCUCAGUCUGGGCAAUUACUGCUUUUUCGAGGACGCCCAGUUGGAUUGGAUUCUGUCGCACUCAUCCCUUCAAGAGCUUUACCUUGACGAUUGCGCCAUAUUGUUUCAAAUCUCUCUAUGCGCCGAAGACCCGCGUAAUCUUGAAUUAAUACCAAGAUCGAGUAUGCAGCAAGACCCCGAAAAAGGAAAUGGCUUUUUCCACACUUAUCCACGCCGGUGGUCUGACUAUUUUGCUUCUCUUGAAUCAGGCCUUCCCCAUCUGCGCCAUUUUGCUAUUGGCCGUAGCAAUUGGGAGGGUUGGUUGCCCUUUGAACAAGAGCAGGAUAUAAAGCCGGCAUUGUUGCAUGAUAGAUACUUGGUAUUCGAUCAAGGCUCGGGGGGCGGUGCAUUCCAGGAUGAUAUACACAGCUGGAAGAUGCCUCCAGAGGAGCAACGCCCAAACUGCGACGAGCAAGAUCGGACAGCCUUACAGCAGUUGUACGAGAAAAUUGGACAGAAGGUUGAAAGAGGGUUUCGGCGACGACGUUAUCAAGUGAAGGACCUUCUAGAGGUGGGUCGAUGA